UCCGUUAAAUACUGUCAGCAAAUCCUUGAAUAUUUGUCAUCCCUCACUCUUUAUUCUCUCCAAGUCAACUCUCAUUUCUUCCCUUGUCAAAAAUUAAAGAUAUAGUAAUGGAGAAGUUUGUAUCAAGCUGGAGUGAUGGUAAGACAUUGCCGGAAAACUAUAUAUUCCCACCAGAACAAAGACCAGGGAAACUCAUCCUUCCUACAUCCAAUUACGUUACACCUGUCAUCGAUCUCGGGAAAUUAGAUGGGCCUGAUCACUCCAUUGUUGUUCAUCAGAUUCUUCAAGCUUGUCAAGAACUUGGAGCUUUUCAGGUGUUUAAUCAUGGGGUGGCUCGAAGAUUAAUGGAUGAUGCAAGACAAAUGUUGGACGAAUUCUUUAAGCUUCCCGCUGAAGAUAAAUCAGCACUUAUCACUUCAGACCCUAACAGUAAAUUCAAAAUGUACACAAGUACAGUUAACUAUGAUGAAGAAAAGAUUCACCUAUGGAGGGAUGCUUUUCAACAGGUAUGUACUCCUUUGGAAGAAUGCAUCCCACAUUGGCCGGCGAAACCUGCUAAAUACAGGGAGAUUAUUGAGGAAUACACCAGAAAAGUAAAUGAGCUGGGAUUGCGAAUUCUUGACCUGAUAUGUGAAGGACUGGGAAUAGAAGCAGGAUACUUUGCAAAUGAGCAGAGCCAACACAUAGAGCUGAUUGUUAAUCAUUACCCUGUAUGCCCUGAUCCUACUCUUACAUUGGGUGUUGGUAAACACAGUGAUCGUAGUCUCAUUACCAUUCUUAUGCAAGGAAGUGUCCCAGGGCUACAAAUUUUUAAGGAUGAUGAAUGGGUUGGUGUUGAUCCUAUUCCUGAGGCAUUUGUGGUUCAUAUUGGUAACAUUAUGCAGAUAGCUAGUAACGGAAAGCUCCUAAAUGGAGAUCAUCGAGCAGUGACUAAUGCGUAUGAAGCUCGUGAAAGUGCAGUCCUUUUCUUUAUGCCAACAAAGGACUGUUUCAUUGAACCUGCAAAAGCUCUUAUCACUGCAGAGAAUCCUCCACUCUACAGGGGUUUCCGGUAUCAUGAGUACCUUGCAGCUCACAAUACAGCUCGUCGAUUGAAGGAUCCUGACCUCUUGCUCAAACCAUUCCGAAUAUAAGGUUAAAAACACCAUCUCAUUCACUGUUUUUCAAGGUCAUGUUUAUCCGCAUACAGCAUUUAAAGCAAUUAUACUCAACUCAUAACAUUUGUAUCGUUUGGAAGUCGAAAUAUUGGUUUUUAAACCGUUUGUAUCUUAGUCUCUGCUUCUUUUGACAUAUAACAAUUUUCAUUUUCCUUUGUUUUUUCUUCUAAUUCUUUACAUCCUUUUGUAUCUCCUACCAAUCUCAUCCACCAUUUUUCUUUUUCCAUUUUAAUUUUGACUCCGUUUUAUUUGGAGCACGUAAAACGCUAUGAGUGCAAUAUGAUUUUCCAUGGAAAAUAUUUUAUAAGGGAAAACACAAUUUCAAAAUAGUUUCUUUUGUUUGGUUUCUUAAAAGAAAAUGGACGAAGGAAGGGAAAGUGAGGAGAAAAGGUGGAAAAGUGUUUUCCCUCCCUUUCAAAUGGAAUUUUUUUUCCUCUUUUGAGAGAGUAUGAGAAAUUGUUUUUCAUCCCUUGUCAAACGCAAAGGCUACACAUACCCUUUGGGGUAUGUGGGCCUUGUAUACCCUGUUCAUUUGUUGGGCGAAGACACCUUAGCAGUGCCACAUCAGAAACGAAAUUUCCUCUGGUUAAAAGUUGAAUUUUUUUUCCUGUUUUUUUAAUGGAUGAUACCAAUGUUGUGAACAUUUUUCCAGUUCUUCACUCGUGGUAGCCAUGGUUGUUGAAGAUCUUCAUUCGUGAUGUAAAUGAA